CAUUUCGAUUUUUAUGCGUGUGUCAAGCGGGACUGGGGAUUGGGCGGGGGGGUCCCCCUCAAAGCACAGGGCCCUGGGCGGCCACAUACCCCCCCCCCCCACCCCGAGCCGGCCCUGGCUGUGAGGCAGAAAUAUUAACCACUAUGUAACCGUGCCCACCUGAAAAACCGCGCCUAACUCUAGUUCCAGAUAUAGAUCUGGACUCUCGGACAGACCGCUCCCCAGACGCGUGCCGCGGGAGAGCUGGCCAGUCCGUGCCCGUGCCGGUCUGACGACGGGCGGGGGGCAGUGAGGUGCACUUCCCGAUGUCUUCCAGGUGGGGGCGCGGCUUCGGCCUGGUUGAGCUGGUGGUGGGGGUCGACAGCCUGGCGAAUCAGCCCAACAGUGUCUUCGGGGUCAUCUUCUACGUGCUGCAGCUGGUCCUGGGUCAGUCGCUGUCCAGCAGGGCGGCGCUGUUGCUGGUGCUGACCUCCUGGCUGUCUGUGGCUGGCUCCCUCUACCUGGCCUGUAUCCUGGUGUUCGUGCUGUGGGAUUUCUGCAUGGUGUGUGUCAGCACCUACCUGCUCAACUUCACCCUGAUGUACGUCAACCUGCGCAGACAGAGAGCACUGAGAGCUGACAAGGCCAAACGGAGCUGAGAGAGAGGAGCUGUACAUGAACACUAACACUGACACACACACCAUACUUACACAUUUACACACUGACUGAG